AUGCAAAAGAACUACUUCGAUCUCCAACAAUUACUUGAAGAACUAACCCAAGAGUACACUUCUCCCUAUGAUAAUCUUUCUGAUAAUCAAAAGGCACAAAUAUAUCUACAAAGAGAUUAUGAGUAUCUCUUAGCUGCACAAACAGUUUCACCUGAACUAGUACCACUUGUUCAUGAUUAUCCAAUCUUACGUCCUGCUUUAACUAUUGCCCAAGUAGAAGAGCUCAUCUCACAAAGCAACCGAGCAACCACUCCCGAGUCUGCUGUUUGUUCUGCUUGCUCAUCUAAACUUAAUAGUCCCAACUCAAGCAGUAAGCCACGACUUCAACCAAAUACACAAAUUAGUAGCAAUACUAGCAAUAGUAAUGCUAAUAGUAACAGCAAUAGCAAUCGCAAUAGUGGAGGCAACUCGGGCCUGCUAGGGUUUACUUCGGCACGCAGCCAACUUUCACCAGAAGAUGCAGCUCGAUUGCCGAAAUCAACUAGUAAGAGUACUGGAAGUAGUACUAGCACGGGUAGAGUUAUUUCUAGUACUUUAGCUAAUCAUAGUAAUAGUGUGCCUAACAAUACGGAUGAGAAUUCAGAAUCACCAGUGGAUGCUAAAUUACUACAAAUGAUUUACAAUGAAGUCUUACAUCCUCAUACUCAGAUGAGUUGGGAUGAAAUAGCUGGGCUAGUUGAAGUUAAGACGGCUAUUAAAGAGAUCAUUAUUUGGCCUAUGCUACGGCCAGAUCUCUUCAAAGGUCUUAGAGGACCACCACGGGCAUUACUUCUCUUUGGGCCACCUGGAACUGGGAAGACUCUUAUUGGCCGGUGCAUCGCUUCACAAGCCGAAGCCACCUUCUUCUCAAUCAGUGCCUCGUCCUUGACUUCUAAAUGGGUUGGUGAAGGGGAGAAGAUGGUUAGAGCUUUGUUCUAUGCCGCCAUGAAACGAGCUCCAGCAGUUAUUUUCAUAGAUGAGAUAGACUCACUACUUAUGCAACGAACCGAAGGUGAGAAUGAAAGCACGCGACGACUUAAAACCGAACUGCUAAUUCAAAUGGAUGGAGCUAGAGCAUGUGAAGAGCAUGUUUUAGUAAUUGGUGCUACUAAUCGCCCGCAAGAAAUAGAUGAAGCAGCCCGACGUCGAUUUGUCAAGCGUCUGUACAUUCCUCUGCCGGAUAAGGUGGCACGUGCUGAAAUGAUCAAGCAAAUUGGAGGCGAAGAACUAGCGAUGGAUAGCACUGAGAUUGAACAACUAGCAGAAGGUCUAGCUGGAUACUCUGGAUCGGAUAUUUUCAAUCUGUGCCGAGAAGCAGCUAUGGAGGCCGUUCGAGAGUUGUCAUCUUUAGCAUCAGUCGAAAGACUCCGUAAAAUUGGAUCACGAGACUUCCAGAAAGCCAUGGCCCAGAUAAGGAAAAGCGUCUCAGAAAAAGACCUCAAAGUUUACAGUGACUGGAAUGAAGACUUCGGCAGUACUCCUAACAUUCCAGCCAACUAA